CAUGUUUGGGGCCACCAUCAUCUCGGCGCCUCCGGAUGUAAACAAACAUCAGCUGACCCUCAAAGGCUUCACACCUCCCCUUGAAGCUUAACAUUAAUACCCUUUUUCCCGCCAUUCAAGGCCGCAAAAAGCUUCCCAUUGGCUGUUAAAGGGAAAAUUAAGAGCCAGUGGGCGUGGGAGCACCGUGACCGACCUGCCAUUCGUGGGCUUCACCGUGACGUAAAGGUUAAUCAGGUAUGCGAGGUCACGGCUAAGCGGCGGAAAAAGGUGACAGCUCUGAAAAAAACGACUCAAACUUGAAUAAAAUCCAGAAAACGGACAUAAAACAAGUGAAUACAGCAAGAAAAUAAAGAAAUAAGGGCGUAUUCAAGGUCACGGGCUACAGAAAGAGCAGAAAAAGUUGACAGCUGAAGAAAAAACGAUUGAUUGUAUAUUGUUAAAAAAAACGACAAAAAGUCAAAUAAAAACCAGAAAACGGACAUAAAACAAGCGAUUCCAGCAAGAAGACAAAGAAAGAAGGGUGUAUUCGAGGUUACAGGCUACAGAAAGAGCAGAAAAAGUUGACAGCUGAAGAAAAAAACGACAAAAGACCCAAAUAAAAACCAGAAAACGGACAUAAAAGCAGCGAUUCCAGCAAGAAAAUCAAGAAAUAAAGAAUGAAAAUUACAGUGCAAUAGUGUGUGACAGAGGAAAGGUUAAUACUGUUACGCCAUUGAGAGCAAAAGUGUGUCAGGAAGCAGACAAUCAAGAGGACCCAACUAAGAGGACCCAAGAAGAUUUACAGGUCAAGAGAAGGAGAAGAAUAGCCUACUCUGGCGAUUGUGAGACUAACCAGCUCCAGGCGUGAUCAGCUGACCUGUGGCCACUCUCUCUAUCUGUAGGGUCUCUAACACCAGCUGUGAUUUGAAAAUGGCUUACAUGGGAAACUCUGCACCAUCCCCCUGGGCUGAUGGUGAGCCCUCCUCCCUCCUGGUCCCCCCCUCCCCCACCCCCCAGGGCCAGGGUCGGAGAUUCUUCCAUGGGCAUUAUGCGACGCGGCACCACCCUGACGUAGGAGCCAUGCACAGCCAUGCGUCUCGUCCUCGCCUCAGGGAAAACCCCGCAGGGAAUUGUGUGUGUAUGCUGCCCUAUUACCAACCACAAAUUUCCAUGCGCCUGGUCCCCUCCACGACAAGUGCCAUGGGGAUCUACUCUCUGCGCCAGCUGCACCUGAGCCGGGCAAAGCUCAAGGCCUCCAGCCGCACCUCUGCCCUGCUGUCAGGCUUUGCAAUGGUGGCGAUGGUGGAGGUGCAAUUCACGGAGAGCUGCAGGGAGGACAUGCAGGCACAGAAGGGGGAGGUGUGUGCAGUGCCUCAGGGCCUGCUCAUCGCCUUCAGCGUUUGCACCACCCUGCUGGUAGCCGUGCAUCUCCUAGCCCUCAUGAUCUCCACCUGUGUCCUGCCCCAUGUGGAGGCCGUGGCUAACAUAACACAUGUGGACUCAAUGGCCAGCCUCCGAGGACAGACCAACACCAUCUCUGAGUCCCCGCACAUCACCAUGCAUAGGUACAUCGAGGCUGCCUGGACCUUUUCUACGGUGCUGGGUAUCCUGCUCUUCCUAGUUGAGAUCGGCCUCCUCAGCUGGGUCAAGUUUCUCGGCUACUCCCGCAACGCCGCCGUCGGCUCCACGGUGCUGCUUGUGCCUAUCGUUCUGCUCUUCACCCUCUUUGCCUUCCACUUCUACUGGAAACUCGUGGCCCAGAAGGUGGAGGAUGCUGACAAAACCCUGCAGGAGCUUGAGGAGCAGCUGAGGGUGGUGCAGCAUACGGAGCGCCAGCAGAACGGGCAGUCAGCCAUCCAGGUGGUGUGAGUGCCGGCCUGCCACAGGAAGAAGAGAGGGAGCUUCACAGAGGAAUGUACUUGAUCCUCUCUGUAUGUGAUAUUCUUUGAUAUACACCUUCUUCUAGACACUGUACAACUUCUAUCUGUGCUUUAUAUACAUGUGAAAGUGUGUGUGCGUGUGUGUGUGAUGAGUAAACUUUAAAAGAGUUGUUAUGAAUGGUUAGUGUGAUAGAGUGGAUGUGAGGGAUCAAGAAGCACAGCAGUAGUGGAGGAUGUGGCGACCCGAUAGAGAGUAAUGUUAUCUUUGUGCCCCAGAAGCAAGUCUGCUGGGAAGCCUUUGUGUGGUGGACUGUUGUGCAAUCUCUAUGUUAAGGAGAAUCUUUAUUAGUGAAGGUCUAGGUGCUAGUUUACAUUAGUGGCAUUACGUAUGGUGUCAGGCUCACGGACAAUACAGCGAAGACUUUUUUGUGUGUUUGGAUCUGCUUCUUGUCAUGUGAAGGGUCUGUCUGUGCAGCAUCCAUUCCAUGCUGAGGAGGAUUUUGUCAAUUACUUAAAAGAACUGAAGGUGAAGAAUGUUGUUUUGUUGUGGGUUAACAAUCAAAUUUUAUUUAGAGUAUAGACAUUUAGUUCCUAUAUUUAUCAAUUAGAUUUUAAAGAGCUGAUUAUGAUUCCAAGGAACAUAAACCAAUCUGCAUACCUGUAAGUUGCUUUUGAUUUAAAUUUUAACUGUGCAGAGGCUGUGUUUGUGUGUUGUGGCUUCCCUGAGAAAGUCUGCCGCCGCAGGUGGCUGUUGAAUUUAGAAUUUUAGACGUACGUUUGUGUGUCCGGCACUGAUGGACAGAUUUUGCCAAGCAAGGUUGCCAAAUCAGCAUGUACCUAUGUUAACUGAGCCUUCUUAUUUCUCUUGAAACCAAGUUUUAUUAUGCUAAUGCAAGCAUUUUUAUGAUUAGUGAUAAAACUGUUAACAAUGAAUUAAUAUUAUUAUUAAGUAUUGUGCCUGCUGUCAAGGAGAGAGCCAAGAGUGGGAGGCUUGGGAGGCAAGGCUGCAUGUUUGGCCCUCUGGUUCGUUGAUGUACAUACGACAAAACCUAUUUUUGAUGCAGUGAGUGGUUGUACUAGUGGAGUGGUAAUGGCAGUGGUGUGGGUGACGCAGGUAAUGCUGAGGUCCUGGCGCUGCACCGGCCUCCCGGGGGGUUGUGGGUGACUACUUGGCGUCUUGGUGUUGCUUGUCUGUUUACUGGUGAAUCUCUUGGUACUGAUGCAGUGCUGAUUAAUAUUACUUUUAGGUGUGUACACUUGGGCCUUGUUUUCAAGAUAAAUUCAUGUAAGUUACAAUAUCAGAUAUAUAUUCUGUUAGGGGUGUGCUGGAAGUGUGUGCGUGUGAGAGAGAGAGAGAGAGAGAGAGAAUAUUGGAUAUUCGGUACACUUAUUACUUUUACAUUAUUUUAUAAGACCAGUACAUAUCCAAUACGUUUUGUACUUAUUUAGGAUAGCAAUGCUUUAUCCACUUAAGGUUGGAGCAGCAAAUUAAGUGUGUUGUGGUUGGCUUGAAGAACAGUUUGUUUGUUUGGUUUGUAGUGAGCAGCAUCUUUCAGACCCUGAGUGUUUGGCUCUCCUCCAGAGAGAUGAAUCUCCUCUUCCAUGUGUAUAUCGGGCACUCAUGUCCUUUUCUCAGAGUAUUAACAUAUUUGCAAGUAUUAUAUCCGUGAAACAAAUAAAUGAGGUGCUAAAGGGAGCAGUCAUCAGUGAGCCAGGCCGGGGUGAGGCUCCAAGUGAGGCAGCAGCACCUUGCCGUGGCCGUGAGUGUGUGCAGAGGGAGGUGUGUUGAUGUUCAAGUAUUUGGAUCUUUUGUAAAGCCUCAAGGCUGGGCAAGGGGACAGUUUACAGUUGGAAAGGUUGACUAUGGAGUACAAUCUAGCAAUAAAUUGCUUUUGAUUAUACUUUCUUCUAACUUAAUUUACAUGUUGUGUAAAGGAACUUUUUUUAAUACUGUCUUCUGUACAUCAUGUCCACCUCAGUUUCAUAUCACUGUUUGUGGUUUGUCAGCACUUGAGGUCAGCAGUAUGCUGCUGUCAGUACCUUAUCACCCAUGCUGUAGCAGUGGCAGUUGUUCUGCUACAGAGGUGUUCUGUACCUGCUGCGUGGUCAUACUUUGUGUAGGUUUGCCUCUUUGUAUUCACUGUGUACGUGUUCAUUGCACCGUCUUGUGUUAUUGUUAUCUUACCACCAGUUUAUGCAAGGGUUAGGUUCUGAAGUUAGUCAAAUUUAGUUAUUGCUUCCAGUGUCUUGUGUUAAUAAUUUGUUUGACAGUUUUAAAUACUCUGUAUCUUGCUUAGUUUUGAGUGGUUAGUGUAUAACCUUGUGUAUGAGCUGCUGUAUCACGAGGCAGGAUCAUAAGAGACAUACGGUUUACUGUUUUAUUUGGAAUUUCCAACAAUGUUGGCAAAUAAGAGUUAAACUUAAAAGUUUCUUACUGCCUUAAUAUAAAAAUAUUUUACUCAUGCCAUUUGAGACAUACCCCUUAA